UCUCCGUCUUACAAAUGCAUAACCUAGAAAAUGUUCGCUCAUGUUUAGCUCCGUAGACCGUUGUAGUUGUAGUCCGUGGUUUAAGAAUUUAUUAGAGUAAAUCGACCCGUUGUGAAACUUGAUCGUUAGAAUAUUAUAUGUGUUUGUGUGUGGGUUUUUCAAUAUUGUUCAAUUGUUUAGCAAGUUUUGCGUGUAUAAUAUAGCGUAAAUUAAAAAUGCUUAUAAGUUAUAACCCACUUCCUUUUACUAUGAUCGUUUUCAGUUAUCGCAGGAUGCGUAACUACAAAAUAUCAAUAAUAAUAUUAUUAUUAUCUGUAUUUAUGUUCAUUGUAUACUGUUGUUAAUUAAUAUUUGAUAUUCUCCCUAGCGGUGUUUGAACCACUACGAUAAUAUUAUUAUAUUAUUAUUUUUACAACGAGGGAUACUCAAUAAGUACCUGUUAACGUUUUAAUUAACCAGACGUCCAGACGCUGGUUCGCUGGUUGUUACCCAAAAACUCAAACAAGCGACGUUGUCAACAUGAACACCCAGAACACCCCAAACAACUUAAACAACAACUCCGAUGACGAAGUCGUCAAUCCUAACAGGCAAGUAUAUGCAAAUGCAGUUGUUCAACAACGUGUUCAAGAUAGAAGGGGUUUUACUGUCCCCCCAGAACUUCAAUUAGAAACACACUAUAACCGAAGUUUAACUGCAGCAAACAAGCAUUUGGGAGAUGGACUUCAUAAAGCUACUGGACGCACAGUAUAUAAAAAAGGCGUUUUUAAUACAUUACCAAUUAUUUUUAUAAAUCUAAAUUUGGUGCCUGGACAAAUUUUGCCUAUUAUAGCUCAUUCUAAGCAUGUUGAACUACUAUUAAAAUUUGGCAUAAACCGUAAUCAAUCAUUUGGAGUUUGCUACAAACUUAAUAAAAAUAAUCGUACAUUUGGAACAAUUGCCGAGGCUUAUGAAGAACCUAUAAAAAUAGAAAGUAAUCGGCCAUUUCAAAUUAAAGUUCUGGGCUAUCAGCGGUUUGAAAUUGUACAAGUCAAUUUUCAAUUUCCUGAAAGUCAUGAACAAAUAGUUGCUUUGGCUAAAAUUAAAAUCCUGCAAGAUAUCACAUUAACUCAUCCGUAUAAUACAUUGUGUUUACAUCCAAAGAAACGUAAUAUGAGUCAUGGUGAAAUGUGCAGUAAAAGAGACAUGUGGCAAACUCAGUGGCCAAAUUGGGUUUAUAAACAGUUUGAUGUUUAUGAAUUGGCAUCUCGUCUUUCCAAAAAAGUUAAAAUGUUGUAUAAAAAUGUCAAAAUCUCAGAUGAUCCAUGUUUGUUGUCAUUCCAAGUGAUGAUACUUAGUAUAUUCAGUCAAGAACAAGUAAAUGAAUUGCUCGGUAUUGAGUCAACAAUCCUACGACUUCAAUACGAACUUCAAUAUUGGAAUAAAGUUCAAUCAAUGCAAAAAUUCUUGUGUGCUCAAUCUGGCUGUAGUGCUCUAGUGUGCAAUAUGAGCAAUGUAUUUCCAAUGUCUCCUGAAGGACCACAGAGUACUUAUUGUAACUCUUGGGGGAUAAUCCAUGAAAUGAUAACUGUAACCGAACUGGACGAUGAUUUAGACGUUAUAACAGUAGGAAGUCCGUCUACUGAGUGCUGCUGGUUCCCUGGAUAUAAAUGGACAAUAAUUUUGUGUCCAAACUGUCAAAGCCAUUUGGGCUGGAGUUAUUUGGCUGAUGAAAAUUUAACACUAACGCCAAAAGUAUUCUAUGGAUUAUCUGUACGCGCCAUAACAUCUAUUAAAGACUAGUUAGUGCCAGACAGAGAAAGAUUCGAGGAAAUCAAUGAUGGAGAAAUGCUAGUAACAUUUUAAGAAAUAUUUUUAAUUUUCUUUCUUCUCAUUAUAAUUAUUUUAUUCAAGUACAAAGUAUGUAAAUGAUCCAUAAAUAUAUAUCAUGUUUGCU